AUGGCUGAAUGGAAUCACCAGCUUUUAAUGGGAGGGCACACGGGACGCUUGCUGAAAUCCCUGUGCUUCACCAGUAUGACGUUCCUGCUGCUGCACAUCAUCUACCAAAUCACAAUCAACAGUCUGUUAGCAGGAGACAACAUCAAGCCCAACUUCAACUGCUCAUCGUGGGAGAGAUCGAUACGACAGCUGGGCUUUGAAAGUGUCCGAGGUGCAGACGCCGGGAACGGCAUCCGAGUGUUCAUCCCGGACAUCGGCAUGUUCGUGGUGGGUCUGGUCACGUGGCUCCUCUGCCGCAGUCUGGAGAAACCGCUGCUGAAGGACGUGUCUCAGCACAACAGUGACUUUGAGGUGGACGAUCAGGUGAGAAAACCAUAUGUCCGAGGUGCAGACGCCGGGAACGGCAUCCGAGUGUUCAUCCCGGACAUCGGCAUGUUCGUGGUGGGUCUGGUCACGUGGCUCCUCUGCCGCAGUCUGGAGAAACCGCUGCUGAAGGACGUGUCUCAGCACAACAGUGACUUUGAGGUGGACGAUCAGUGUUUCAGUUCUAGUAUUGAUGCCAAGACUGAGCGACACGGUAUGAUGUUGCCUUCUCUGACCUCCACUGUGUAUUUCUUCACCUUCCUGGGCCUGUGCACCUGGUGGUCUUUCUGCCGCACGUUCGACCCGCUGCUCUUCAGCUGUCUGUGUGUCCUGAUGGCCAUCUUCAGCGCCGGACACCUCAUCAUGCUCUACCUCUACCAGUUCCAGUUCUUCCAGGAGGCCGUUCCGCCCGGAAACAUUUACGCCAGUCUGUUUGGCAUCUCUCCUGUGGUUCAGACGGACUGCUCUCACACCUGGAUGUUCAGAGUCAACCCUGAUCUGGAGUGGCACCACUUUGUCAAUCCCAUCAUGCUCUUGGUGCUGUAUUACACUCUGGCCACGCUCAUCCGCCUGUGGCUGCAGGAGUCAGAAGACAUGGUCAGAGAGAAAGAGGGAGAGACUGAGGAACGAGAGGAACCAGAAUCUCCUGAAAGCAAUAUGGCUGAUUACACUGCAGAGAAGAAGAGGCAGCUGUGGCGAAUGGCUCAUUAUCGCACAGAUGAGAGACAUGUAGGAGCUCCAUUUCACUCUUUAGUGAUGCACAGAUACAGUGGUGUGAAAAAUCUGUUUGGCAUCUCUCCUGUGGUUCAGACGGACUGCUCUCACACCUGGAUGUUCAGAGUCAACCCUGAUCUGGAGUGGCACCACUUUGUCAAUCCCAUCAUGCUCUUGGUGCUGUAUUACACUCUGGCCACGCUCAUCCGCCUGUGGCUGCAGGAGUCAGAAGACAUGAUAGACACACAAAAAAUCGACUGCGGCGUUUACAAGAUUGACUCGACGUAUGUUGAGCUUCCCGAGGUUCCCCGGCCGUUCGGUGUCGUUCGUGUGAACGCGGCGGUCAAGGCCUUCAGGUUCAUCAUGAAGCAGAGCUACAUCUGUGCUCUCAUCGCCAUGAUGGCUUGGAGCAUCACGUACGUGAGCUGGCUGACCUUCGUCUUCCUCAUCUGGUCCUGUAUUCUGUGGAUGGUGAGGGACCGGAGGAAAUACUCAAUGAUCACCUCUCCGUUCAUGGUGUUUUAUGGGAACUUGCUCAUCAUCCUGCAGUACAUCUGGAGCUUCGAGUCGCUGCAGCCGGUUCCUGGGCUCUUCCUGAAGAAAGAAGUGCCUUUCCGGGAACUGGGAUCUAAAACCUUGUGUCUCCUCAGUUUCUGGCUGCUGUUGAGGCAGUUUCUGACUGAGAGGAGAGAGAGACAGACGGAUGAAACACAGCUGUCUGACGUCAAAGUGGAGGGACACACAACCGAGGGUCUGGAGGACGAGGCCAGUGGACACAGAGAGAUGAUGGAUGUGUUGGGCCGUACAGUCAUGGCUAUGCUCAACAAAUACUGGAUCUACAUCUGUGGAGGAAUGUUCUUCUUCGUUAGCUUUGAGGGACGCAUCGUCAUGUACAAGAUCAUUUACAUGAUGAUGUUUCUCUUUUGCGUGGCACUUUAUCAGCUGCACUACGAGAGGUGGCGCUGGAUGCUGAAGUAUUUCUGGAUGUCCGUGGUGGUUUACACCAUGCUGGUGCUCAUCCUGGUCUACACGUUCCAGUUUGAGUCCUCGAUAAGCGUGUGGUCCAACAUGACAGGCAUGAGCAGAGAGAAGCUGGAAGAUCUGGGUCUGGAGAAGUUCUCGGUUCCUGCUCUGUUCACGCGGAUCUUCAUUCCCACCUCGUUCCUGCUGGUGUGCAUCCUGCAUCUGCACUAUUUCCACGAGCGCUUCCUCGAGCUCACCGACAUCAAAUCCGUGGCCGACAAACAGAAGAGCACUAUCUCCAGGCUCGUUCAUCUGGAGGGCAGUCUGGCGGAUAUUUCCACGAUCAAACCUUCGCUGGACUCCGUAAACGAGGAGGAGACUGAGGAGAGAGUAGAUCUGGAGGAAGAGGAGGAUGAUGUUAAACAGAGGGAGGAAGAGGAGGUCUCUGAGCCACACUUCAGCUGCUCGAUGACAGCCGAUCCUGAGCCGGACCGGGGUUCAGAGCUGAAGAAUAAGUGGCGUCUGGUGGUGGAGCGUCUGACGGUGCUGUUCCUGAAGUUCCUGGAGUGUGUUCAGAAGCUGCAGCUCUUCAUCUGGUGGCUGCUGGAGCUUCACAUCAUCAAGAUCGUCUCGUCCUACAUCAUCUGGCUCUCAGUCAGAGAGGUGUCUCUGUUUAACUACGUGUUCCUGGUGAGCUGGGCCUUCGCUCUGCCCUUCAGUCAGUUCAGACCGCUGGCAUCUAGCGUCUGCACCGUCUGGACCUGCGUCAUCGUGGUCUGUAAGAUGCUGUACCAGCUGACCUCCAUCAACCCGUCCUCGUACUCCAGGAGCUGCAGUAUGCCGGAGAACUACACGGACGCUCAGCGCUCAGACAUGGCCAGAUCUCUGCUCUACAGCGGCCCGGUGGAUCCGGCUAACUGGAUCGGCUUCAGGAAGUUCUCUCCGCUGCUGGAGAAUCUGAGGAAUAACUUACUGAUGCUGGCUCUCUUGGCGUUUGAAGUGACCAUUUACCGUCACCAGGAUUUCUACCGGAUGAAGAACAACCUCACCCCUCCGGUCACGAGAACCGUCUUUCACAACAUCACACGCCAGCAUCUGGACCACGGCAUCGUCAACUGCGCCAAAUAUUUCAUCGACUACUUCUUCUACAAAUUUGGUCUUGAGACCUGUUUUCUGUUAGCGGUGAAUGUGAUCGGCCAGCGGAUGGAUUUCUAUGCCAUGCUGCACGCGUUCGGUCUGAUUGUGGUGAUGUAUCAGAGCAGGAGAAAAGCCAUCGCCCGCGUCUGGUCCAAGUAUUGCUUCUUUCUGGCCUGCAUGUUAGCCUUCCAGUAUCUGAUGUGCAUCGGCAUCCCUCCUGCGGCCUGCACAGACUAUCCGUGGAGACGGCCGUCUUCCAGCAUGGACUCAAACGUCAUCAAGUGGCUUUACUUCCCAGACUUCCACACCAAACCCAGCUCGCUCUUCCUCCUCUAUGACUUCAUGUUGCUGCUGUGCGCGUCGAUUCAGGGCCGUGUGUUUGAGGAGGAGAAUGUGGCAGCCGUGCAGCUGUUGGCGGGUGAUAAUGUGGAGAUCUGUCGAGACCUGGACGCCGCCAGCUUCAGCCAGCACAACCCUGUGCCCGACUUCAUCCACUGCAGGUCGUAUUUGGAUAUGCUGAAGGUGAUCGUGUUCAGCUAUCUGUUCUGGUUCGUCCUGACCAUCAUCUUCAUCACGGGCACCACACGCAUCAGCAUCUUCUGCAUGGGAUACUUGGUCGCCUGCUUCUACUUCUUGAUCUUUGGGGGCGAGCUGUUACUGAAGCCAAUCAAAAGCAUCCUUCAUUACUGGGACUUCCUCAUAGCAUACAACGUCUUCGUAAUCACCAUGAAAAACAUUCUCUCAAUCGCGGCGUGUGGAUAUAUUAAAGCGCUGGUGGCCAAUCACUGCUGGCUGAUCCAGUUAUUCAGUCUGGCUUGCACUAUAAAAGGAUAUUCAAAACCGGAGCAGAACGCAAAUAAGCAGUGCGAGCUGCCGAGUGACGAGGCCGGGAUCAUCUGGGACAGCAUCUGCUUCGCCUUUCUCCUGCUGCAGAGGCGAGUUUUCAUGAGCUACUACUUCCUACACGUGGUAGCUGACAUCCGUUCCUCGCAGGUCCUCGCCUCCAGAGGAGCGGAGUUGUUUCAGGCGACCAUUGUGAAGGUGGUUAAAGCCAGAAUAGAAGAAGAGAAGAAGUCCAUGGAUCUGCUGAAGAGACAGUACCAGACCGCUAACUGCUGGCUUCCUGCGUGGAAGAGCAGAAUAUCUGAAGUGACGCUUUUCCUAAAACAGUCUGUUUUGCCGGCUCUGCUAAAAGACUGGAACAGAGUGCAAGUUUAUCCCCUGCAUGUUGACCGCACGCAGUGCACUGAGCUCUACUCGCGGCAGGGCACCAGCGACACCGUCGAGGAGGCCGUGAGCCAGCGAGAACUGAGAGAGCAUCCAGACAAACUCUGGAGCAGCACUUCAGACCUGCGGACGCCUCUGAGAGCAGAGCAGGUGUGCUGGACGCAGGGCGAGGCGGACAUCCCUCCAUCGUACAGUAAAGCCACGGGCCUGGACUCAGUGUGUGACGCGGAGGGGAGGAGGCUGAGGAUCCAGACACCUGAGGAGAAGAGCGCCGACGUUCUGCUCUCAAUGAGCCAUCAGCUGACAGCCAGCGAGCUGCUGCGGAGCAGGACGUUCUACGACGAGGAGCUGGAGGCGUCGGAGCAUUUCUACCGCUCUCAGCCGCAGCUCCUCCAGCUCUGCUACGCUCUCUACAGCAUGCUGGUGGCUCACUCUCAGAUGGUGUGUUAUCUGGUCAUCAUCCUCAACCACAUGAUCUCCGCAUCGGUGGCCACGCUGGUGCUGCCCAUCCUCAUCUUCCUCUGGGCCAUGCUGUCGGUUCCCCGGCCCAGCAAACGCUUCUGGAUGACGGCCAUCGUCUACACGGAGGUCACCAUAGUGAUCAAGUACUUCUUCCAGUUUGGCUUCUUUCCGUUUAACCAGAGCAUAAAGCUGGACAAAUCCAAACCCUUCCACCCUCCCAACAUCAUCGGUGUGGAGAAGAAAGAGGGCUACGUCCACUACGACCUGAUCCAGCUCCUGGCGCUCUUCUUCCACCGCUCCAUCCUGAAGUGCUACGGUCUGUGGGAUGAAGAUGAGCCCAGGUCAGGAGGUCAGACUGCGAGCUCUCAUUCAGACAGUGAAGAGAAAGACGCCUCACCCGUCUCCACACACAUCCGGCUGCCCAGAAAACCCCUCCGACAGAGCUCCAGCGUCUCGCAGCGCUCGGCCCGCUCUAAACCAGGUGCGCUCAGAUACACGCUUCUGCUCGUGCACUCCGAUAUCUGCUACGGUCUGUGGGAUGAAGAUGAGCCCAGGUCAGGAGGUCAGACUGCGAGCUCUCAUUCAGACAGUGAAGAGAAAGACGCCUCACCCGUCUCCACACACAUCCGGCUGCCCAGAAAACCCCUCCGACAGAGCUCCAGCGUCUCGCAGCGCUCGGCCCGCUCUAAACCAGUCUCAAAAGCCCUGCGGGUCCCUGACCUCGGCUCUGGAUGUGUCUCCGCAGGCAGCAGCGGCUCCAGGACGAGUGUGCGUUCACUGAGCGCUCAACUGAAGAGCCGCAAGGAGCUCAUUUUGGACAAGCUCAGAGAACAGCUGAUCAAAGCAAAGCGCUUCACUGUCAAAACUUGGGCUUUCGGGAAACACUCUGCUGCGGCUGACAUCACUUCCUCUCUGUCAGAGGAUCAGGUUCCCGAGGCCUUCCUGGUGAUGGUGCUCAUCCAGUUUGGGACGAUGGUGGUGGACCGUGCGCUGUACCUGAGGAAGACUGUGAUGGGGAAGGUCAUCUUCCAGGUCAUCCUGGUCUUCGGGAUUCACUUCUGGAUGUUCUUCAUUCUCCCAGGAGUCACCGAGAGGCGCUUCAGUCAGAACACAGUUGCCCAGCUCUGGUACUUCGUGAAGUGCAUCUACUUCGGUCUGUCAGCCUAUCAGAUCCGCUGCGGUUACCCCACUCGCGUGCUGGGAAACUUCCUGACCAAGAGCUAUAACUACCUCAAUCUCUUCCUCUUCCAAGGGUUCCGGUUGGUGCCGUUCCUGACGGAGCUGCGGGCGGUGAUGGACUGGGUUUGGACCGACACCACGCUCAGUCUGUCCAGCUGGAUCUGUGUGGAGGACAUCUACGCUCACAUCUUCGUGCUCAAGUGCUGGAGGGAGUCGGAGAAAAGGUACCCUCAGCCUCGAGGACAGAAGAAGAAGAAGGUGGUGAAGUACGGGAUGGGGGGGAUGAUCGUGAUGCUGCUCAUCUGUAUCGUCUGGUUUCCUCUGCUCUUCAUGUCUCUGGUCAAAUCUGUGGCUGGAGUGGUCAACAAACCGCUGGACGUGUCUCUCACCAUCACACUGGGCGGCUUUCAGCCCAUCUUCACUAUGAGUGCGCAGCAGAAUCAGCUGAAGGACGUCACUGACAGAGAUUUCAUCAGCUUCAUGAAUUCAUACAGACACAAUUCUAGUGCACUGCAGUUCUUGGAGGCGUACACGGCGGAGGACGUGACUGUGGCAGAGCUGGAAGGAAGCUCGAACUCUCUCUGGACCAUCAGUCCUCCCAGCAGAAAGAACCUGAUGGACGUCUUGAGCAAAGAGGACCAGUUCCCUGUCACCAUGUCCUGGAGCAUCCAGAGGAAUCUCAGUCUGGGAGCAAAGGCUGAGUUUGCAGUGGACAAACACAUCACUUACCUGGACAUGAACACUAGACAGGAGCUGAUAGCGUUACUCAAUGGAACCAGAAAUAAACCUGUGGUCAUAGAGCAAGUGUUUCCCUGCUUUAUUCGAGCACCGAGUGACUCAAACGCCAAACCAGUCGGUCAGCUUUAUUCAGAUGAGGGUUAUAAGAGCAUCCAGCUGGACUUGGAGAGGUCUCACAACGGCACGGAGGACAUUCAGGAGUGGUGGAUUGUGGACCAGCCGUCGGCAGGGAAGACCCAGAUGAGAUCCGAGUCAAAGCUGGAGAAGAAGAGAGAGGCAGGACUGCAGCUUUACGUCUUCAGUGAUAAAGUCAGUCCUCCCAGCCUGGGCUUCCUGGCAGGUUACGGUAUCAUGGGCCUCUACGCAUCCGUGGUGCUGGUGAUCGGGAAAUUCGUCCGCGAGUUCUUCAGCGGCAUCUCGCACUCCAUCAUGUUCGAAGAGCUUCCGUGCGUCGACCGCAUCCUCAAACUCUGCACCGACAUCUUCCUCGUGCGGGAAACCGGCGAGCUGGAGCUGGAGGAGGACCUGUACGCCAAACUCAUCUUCCUUUACCGCUCGCCAGAGACCAUGAUCAAGUGGACGAGGGAGAAGACCAAAUGAGCCUGCUGGGAUUGCCUUAAAACCCAAAGGAUGCUGCUUCUCGCAGGAAGGCGGCUCGUCGGGACAGGUUCGACUGCCAAUACAAUGAGACCUACAGCUGUACCAAAGAGCCCUGAUUCAGAAGCUGCCACGACCAAUGGGAUCUUUAAUGAGCUCUAGCGCCACCUGUCUGUCGGGAGAUUGGUUAGUCGCGCAUUGUGCAAUAUGCUGUCCUGGUAGCUGGCCGUAAACUUGAACAAAGAAAGGAGACGGUGACUGAACACUAGCCACUUUUUUCUUCUGAGAAAACUGGACCCAGAAGUGCUUGGGUUCGUGAGACGACAUGACAUUGAAAUUAUGAUUUUUUUUAGUUUUAGGCUUGAACGGAGGACUGAAGGGUUCUCGGGAGGAUUAUACCUUCAUCUGGAUGUCACAUCGGUGUGAUUGUGGAUCAAUAUCAUGAGCAUAAAGCACAUGCUGGAAACCAACUAUUGUCUUAUUUGUCCCGUCUACCUGUUGCACUUUUAGUUUUCGUUACGUGCAUUUCAAGGACCAUUUUGUAUGCAUUAAAAAGUCUACAGAAACUCGGAUCUAAAAUAUGCAAAAAAUCACAGAU